GUUACGACAAACGUAUUUAAUAUUUCUCUGUUUUCACACUGGCAUCACACAAGUGAAACCAGGUGAACAAUCGAAAUGCAUUCACUGACCUUCGUGAUUCUGAUGGUGGGAGUUUUCUGCGCUGACGCGCUCAGACUGCGCGGCAGCAUAGAUAACGGAGCUAUAGUCAAAGGACCUGCGGGCAUCAUCAAAGACAAAGGUAACGCGGCAGUCGGUCCCAUCGAGAGUCCGGUAUUCCUAGAUAGCGACGAAGACCAAGACGUCGAUGGUCCAGGCUUGUUGGUCGAUGCCAGACUGGUGGGGUUAUCUGACCUCACCCGCAAUGGCGGCUACCAAGGGAACGAGGAUGAUGGAGCAGGAAGGGGCGGCAACGAAGGUCAAUACGUUCCCGACUUGAACGAGAAACAUUACGACGAUGGGUCUUACAAACCCUACCAAGGAUAAGGACACCCUCACGCGGUGUGCCCAUCUUGUAGACUGAUACUUUUUACGUUGUAAAUAUAAUAUUUAUUUAUAUAACUUGUCUAACUUGUUUAUGCCAGGGAUUCGUGGACAAAAAUCAGAAUUUCGCAAUUACCAUUAUGCAGUUUUUUUCUGCAAAGCCCAGUUAUUCAAAAUCCAAAACGUCCACUUUCUCGGAAAAAAAUCAGAUGAAUUAUAUUUUUGAAAAUGUAAUUUUAUUCUCUUUCAGGGAUUAUCAUAUAAAAAAAACUAUUUUUUUGUGGAUAUCUUUUAAACUCCUUUCAAAAUAAUCAAUUCAUUAAUAUACGUUACGUAUAUCAUUGUUCACUUCAAU